GAGGGAGAAGAGAGGGUGACGGGGCCUGGUGGUGGUGGCCUAUGACUUGCCGGGCUGUGAGCAGUGAUGGACGCCAGGCAGAGCUUCGCCGGGAGGACGACUGCCUGCUGGUGGCUCCCCUCUCUCAAUGCCUCACCACACCUCACCUCACCAUACAGCUGUCACUGCUUGAGAGUGUGGUGGAGACUACAAACCCUCUGGUCUACCUGGAGCUAAGUGCCAGCCACCAAUAUCUGGGCCGACUCACUGUGCGACUGUGGGGUCACCUCCGUCGGGCUCAGCACUUCAGGGCCCUUUGCCUUGGCACCUUCGGCCCCUCUUUUGUUGGCUCCAAAUUCGAAUACGUUGGGAACCGAGGCCGACCGGGGGAGUAUAUCGUCGGCGGCAGCUACUUGACAGCUACAACGUCGGAUGGGGGCGUCAGAGGUCCCUGGCUGGGGACAAGGACCACCAGGGGGUUGAUGGAAGGACUAGAAUGGGGAGGAAACUUUGUCGGGGAGGACAGGGAGGGCGUGUUACAGGGGGCCGGUGGAGGACACCCUGAGUACGACUCCCUCUUCUGUGUCUGCAGCAGGAGCGACCCAACCGGGAAGUCACAGUGUCCUUUCGGUGAGGUGGUGUCCGGGAUGGGGGUGGUGAGGACUGCCAUCCUCCACGACCCUGUAUCAGACCUCACCAUCACGGGCUGUGGCCUCCUUGUUCCUAAUGUCUGACCUCACCAUUUUGAUGUCUGAUGCCACCAUUAUAUCUGAUGUCACCAAUAUGAUAUCUUACGUCACCAUUAUGUCUAACCUCACCAUUAUAAUGUCUGGCAUCACCAUCACAACACGCCACUAUCGUUCUCGCUCCAUCAUUAAUCACUAUUUUACUUCAGUGUAUCAGUUUUUAACAAAUAAGAUGGUGGGGUAUACCUACUGUACACUAGCAUUAUUACCAUUUGUUUAACCUCAUUUAUUUAGUCAAUUCUCCAUCUGUUGCUCUAUCCAACUAACUAUCUACAGUAUGUGUACACACAUUCUUAUCACCUGUUUUAUCACUUACCAUAUUCCUAUAUCAAUGUAGCUGUUAAUUAUAAUAACUAUUAAUAAUUACAGAAUGUUUUAUAUAGACAAAAAACAACAAUUAAAAACAAUAAGUGAGUUUCCAUUCUUACCUCCAUCCUUAGUGCGAGAUCUACAUAGCCUAUGCUACCCACUCUGUGUGACCAGCCCACUUGUUCUACCCCUACUCAUAUGACAAUCCAGGCCGGCCACGCAAAUACCAACGUAAGCCACUCUGCAACGCUUGAUCCCUAAAGCCCUUAAGAAAAACCUCUUUCAAAUUAUCCUACCUACUGGCUACUUGCGUUGGGGCUACUUUAACCAUCUCCUCACGCAGCAUCUCAAGGGCAUCUGAAUAGGUCCACACAUUUUCCAAUACACCCUGAGUCCUCUGAUAAAAUCUAAGAUGGAGCUCCCCCAGCUUCAGGUUUUUUCCAUAAGUAUCUUUUAAAACUGGGAGAACCCCUUCACUAUUACUAAUUUUUCUACCCUUUUCAGAGAAGGACUAGUGAGAAAUUUAAGAAUAUAGUUGACUGCCCCUCUACCCUUGUAGCCAAGCAACCUUAUGUUAUGCUUGGCCUCAGCUAUUCACUUGCCUACACUAAUUUGGUCUAAAUUAUCAGGAGUCCCUGAAAAAAUCCCGAGCUUCAUCUCAUGGGCUACCACUUGAGGGAAAAGAUCAACACUGUCCUCUUUGUGCGUAGGCUCACCCCUCUGCUCAGACUGUGAGACCCAAGUUUCCCUUUUAACACUCUUAGUGGGACUUCUCACCCCUUGUUCCAUCUGGUUUGUGGGUUUUUGUACUUGAUUACAUAAGGGUAGGAUAGUCUGGUGAUACAAUUCACCUAUCUCCGAGCUUCUCAAGUCGGGGAUGGGUAACUCAUGCUUGGCUGCUUCUAGAUCCGCCCUCCUCUGCGUAGCUAACUGCUUCACCGGCCCAAGCUCUCCCCUCCGCUGUCAAUCCUCAGCAGGCGGUGGUGCUGUGUUCCUCCCCGGGUGAUUUCGGCUGUAAUAACUACUGCCUGGGCGCUGCUUGUUCUUUGCUCUAAAGGGGCGAAUCCCUACUUACUCAUGCAAGCAAAUGCAUACCCCGCAUCUCCACCAAGUGUAGCAAGAACAAAGCAGGGAACUCCCAUAGCAGGGAUAUGACACACACUUGUAGUUUUCGCUACUUUAUUUACUCUAGAAAUCACCCGAGGAAGGAAAGGCUGGGACCUAGAUCAGACAUAACUAGUUAUUCUACAGUGUACUCACAAAACAAGCAUCAACUGUCAUUAUACAUUGUAAAUACAAAGCAAGCAUCAACUGUUGUCAUAAUCACAUAUUUGGUACCACACAGUAGUAGGAACUAAACAGUACAUAAUAUACCCAACCCACCAGCAUAACACAGGGAGGUGGCUGUUAGUGUAGAUUCACUUCAGGGUGAAUGUCUGUAGAGCAAAGCUAGUAUUAGCCUUAUUCUGGCUUACAAACUACCUCCACGAAUUCAUCACAUUCUUCAUAUAACACUUAUUAUGCUUAACCUAUCAAACACACCCUAACAGAGCUAGAAAUACAUGGGACACACACCUGUUACUGGGCCCAGCUGAUGAGCCUUCGUAAUGUAAACAAGGACGUAGCGUCUCUGCCCCCGGGCUGGGAUGCAUUCGCUGGAAGCAAAUUCCAUUUCGAAUCCACAAAAUAUAUUUAUUUUUUCCUCCUCGGGGCUUACAAAAAUACAUAUCCAUAUGAAAAAUAUUCUAAAUAACAAAAUAGUUGUCUCUGGAGUUCCUCAUACCACAUCUUCUCACCCACGCAGGUGUACGUCGAGAGCGUAGGUAGUCCCGAGGGAUAAGUAAGAAAUGCACGGCCCAUCCAUCAUCGCCCUCCUGUGAGGCACCCACGAGUUACUGUGGGGAACGCUGGUGGCCACCCUGCAAUCUCCCUUAAGGGUCAUGGACAUCUCACAUAUCACUAUCUAGAACAUAAGAUAAUGAUUGUCUUAUAUGGAAUGAUUCACGGUGGCCACUUAAGCGACUCCAUGAUACCGGAUGCUGAAAUAGUCCAGGUAUGACUACCCUGGGAAGUAUCCCAUCUACCUAGCGGGGUAUCUAUUAUGUGUACCUGGGUGAUACCGAAAAGUUCCAUACUUGUAGGUGUGGAGUGUACCUAAUAUGUGGUGCGAUAUAGUAUAACUGUGCGUACAAUCUGAUGUGUUGUAACUGAAUGCAUUAUUUUUUUAUUUGGAAAUAAAUAAGUUAAGUCAUGAAUGAUGUUUCACCCUUACUCCCACCUUUGGUUUGAUGAAUACAAACAUACACCCAGUGCCUGGCUUGUUCUGCCAGCU